AUGGCCAUUCAGGAGCGAACAGUACAUGAACUAGUUGAAUGGCACAAAUCAACGGGCACACCAGUAUCAGCCAGCAGCCAUGCGAAGCUAGUCAAAGGAAUUGUUCGGCAGCCUUGGCUUCUUACCCACGACGAAAUCCAGUUGCAGAAGAAACUUGGUGAAGGAGCUUUUGGCGAGGUCUAUUUGGCCCAAUAUAUACAAGCGAAACAAGUAGUAAGUGUGGCGGUGAAAACCAUGCGCGAAGAGGCAUCACGGCAGGCACGAUUGAAAUUCAUGAAAGAAGCUCGAAUUAUGCGUAAAUUUGAGCACCCAAACGUGAUCAAGAUUAUGGGUAUCGUUGUUUUCGAGAAUCCGAUAAUGAUCGUCAUGGAACUCUGCCCAGGUAUUACAAUUGGCAUUGCUGUCUUUACACUUUCACAUUUUAAAUUCAAUUUUUUUUCGAAAAUUGAAAAUAUCUUGCAGUGA